CCAAAAAGAGUUGCCCGCUUGAUGCUUAAAGAACAUUUUUCCAGUGAUGCAUGAGCUAUUAUAGCUACAAAUCUAUCGGCAUGGGCUGUAUCCUGGAAACUGCAAAACCAAGGCUGUGGUACCGAUAUUUCAGUAUUUCAGCAGCUGCUUCCAACAGUGAGGCACAAAGUGGUAAAGCAACGCCAGUGUCUGACAUGAGAGGUGAUUUAAGAAUAGCUGAAUCUCUAAAAUGGGCACAACAGGACUGAAAAGUAGAGUCUGGACGCAUACUGAUUGCUGAGAAACAGCAACUCAAAACUGCAGGGAGGCAACAGCUCCCUAGCCUAUAUGAUAAUAUUUACCAGGACUGCAGCACAUUCUGAGCAUAACUUGCUCGUUCCGGGUGAGACAGGUGAGACUGAGCAAAGAGACAAGCAGCCACAACAUUUGGUAAGAAACACCUGCUGGUCUGCUAUCAGCACAUGAGAUUUCUUGGAAAACGAGUGCGUGAUGCAUGAAUGUUGACAGGAGGUGAAAACAUACAUGGCAACUUAGAGGUAUGCGAUCCAGACAAGAGGGAAUACCGCCACUCAGCCAAAAAUUCAGGAAGCAUAAACUAAACCUGGAUCACAACACAAUGCAAAUCACUGCAUAGCAAAUCAAUGAUUUUAGUCAAGAAGCAUCAUGAAUGAAGUAAAUGCCAUAAAGCAACCUCCCCUAAUGAACUGGAAACUAUGCGUCGGGUGACAACUUACCUAUGGAUAUUAAGUACCAAGAUUAGCUGAAGUCACAGGGCCGCCAUAACAACCAUGAAAGGGCAGUGAUCUGGAUGGGACUCUUCACAACCUGAAGGACACCGUCGCCUUGGAACAGGAAAAAAAACUUUUAUGAAAACAGGGGAAGUCCCGCUACAAGGAAAUGCUUAACAAGCAGCAGGUGGAACAGCGCUAGUGCAAGAAGAAGCUCCGCAGUGCAAGGAUUGAUGGCACAGUUGUAAAUGCAGCAAAAUGAGGUUCAGACAAAAAAAGCCUGAAUUAUUGCUGUUGUCCCUGGAUAUCAGGAGCUUAAUCAGCACAUAUAUAGCUGUGCUGUUACCAUUGAAACAGGCCCCCGGAAGACAUUCCUGACAAACCUCUAGCAACGGCGUGGCUGAGACAUCAGUGCAGGAUUUUGAACUAUGAAGGUGCAACUUAAAAGCACAAUUCCUUUAGGAGACUUUUCUUGACUGCAGUUGUGUUGAACGGCAUGUUGCAGAAGAGUUAAAGAAACAGACGGGUGUGCUGCUGCAGCACUUAUCAGGAAAGAAACAGAAAGUGACAAUGCAAUCAAUCUUUUGAAAGAAGUGAUCAUAUCAAGAUGGUCUGUACAAGAAUGACUUCCCUCUGCUCUGGAGAGAAAAUGCAGCUAAUUGCGGAAAGUGUAGAAAGUUGAGUCCAAAGAAGCUGUGGCCAGAGUCAGAAAAAUUGUCCGUGGCAGACACCUUCAUACAGAACUAUCCAAAAUAUGGUGUGGAAACACGUUCUCCCUGUUGAACGUUAGUGCACCAAUAGUACCGUGCUAACGCAAAACCCACUGGGUUUGCUCCACAUUGCAGGGCUAUCGUCGCAAGGAGCCUUUGAGCAUGUGUGUUGGACCUAGAAGAGUGAGGCAGCAGCUGAUCUAGUCUGGCACAGAGGAAACAACUGUCUGAUGACAAGUGAAGAUGACACGCAUUUUUUGAGGUCACUUAAUUAAGAACAAGGCAGAUAGAUACAUCCAACAAAGUAAACCCAGAAAGCGGAGAAGACAUUUUGCCUGAAGUAUCUUGAAGACUGCAGUGGAUGGGUGUCUGAUGCACAAAGGAGUAAUUGUUUGCAUGCCAUGUAGUCCCAGGGUCAUACCAAGCACUACAGACAGCUAGCCUGGGUUACUGAAGAGGAGCCGGACCAUUUCCUCAGACCACUGAGUAACUGGAAUAUGCCUGAUGAAGUCUUCCCCUCACAGAUAACAGUGAGUUCACAGAACUCCGUUUAUGGAAGAAUUACCCAUUUUAGAGCCAAGUGCUGGAAAACACAGCAAAUCAAUAGAACUUCCAGGCUAGAGGAAGAAGGAGGAAAUACUCCUAUGGCUAAAGACUAAUGUAGAAGAAAACCUCCACUGUAACACAGGAAAAUCCUAUUGAACGGUUUUAGGCUGGUGUGGUAAUUACCCAGGUCAGAUGCAAAGCAUUAGUUAGGAAAUGUAACUAUUCAGGUGAAGCUGCAGAUGCCUGGGAAUUGCUCAUAUUAGUGCAACUGCUUCUCAUCAUGAAAACUCAGGCUGCCAUCUGAAAUAACGAGUGGUAUCGCUAACUGCAAUCACAAAAAAAGCCCACCAAGCAGAGGAAAGAGAGAACACAUUAUAUCCCCAUAAGCACAAUUGUUUGAUGACACUACAGCGUGUAUUCAACCACCCAACUUUAUGUACCUACCAAACGAUAGCCUCAUCUUCCAAAAUAUUGUCUAUAGUGAGUGAACACAGGCUUCUGGGUUGUGACUUCCUCUGGAGGCGCCUGCUUCCCCUUACUGACUGCAGAGAGACCAAGGGAGCCCAGCUGCCUAGCACUAUCAGGAAGCUGCCUCAAGUUUCUUGGCAGGAACUCGGUUAUUUCCCAUGUGCCCAAAGCAUGACUUCCAGCCCUAAAGGACUGGAGCAGACGAUCCAACAGCAUCAAUGCCAAUGAUGCAUGGGAGGAUCCUAAACUGGAACAGGGAAAGUUGCGACAGAUUUUCAGAGCUGUUGAGUGAAGAUGGGAGAGCUGGCUGGAGAGUUUCACCUAUUCAUUUUCUGGCUUCUGAAUGCGUAUGACAGCGUGCUUUGCAGUAUCCACACUGGCACAGCUGAAGAGUUGGUGGCCCUAUGACCAUGGAGAGCACCAGGCGGUGUAAGGAGAGAUGGAGACCUGGCCAUGUCCCCCUUACCAGAGAAAAGCUACUUAUGUGGUGUGGGCAAGCCUGUCACCAGCCAUGGACCACUCGUCUGUACUGUUUUCAGAGUUGAUUUGUGAGAUGGCAUCAGACUCCCAAUGGAUCAGCUAUAGCUUUGAGAAGGCCAAGAGAGGGAUUAUGUUGUCCAGUAAAACAUCAUGGACUUGCCAAGAUGAAGACUCUCCACUGUCCAAUGUGGUAGACCACCCUUUUCCUACAUCACAGCUUGUUUCCUUGUCAGCACCAGAAAUGGUACAGAUGACUGCGCAAAGCUACAGGAGGUGGCUGAAGGGACUGUGCUCCCUAAAGGUUCCCCAAAGAUUCACCAUCUGUCAAAAAUCCCAGCAAGAGUUUUCAGAAAGUCCUGUUAUGUCAAGAUGCAGCAGCCCCAACUCUUCCCAUUCUCUCACCAGUGUACCCCAGAGCAUAACUGAAUGGCUGGCCACUGGGGAAAAGGAUCCAGUUGAGAUUCUUCUUGAUUUGGGGUUUGGUAUAGAAGAACCUGAUGUCUGCACUAAAAUCCCUCCUCGGUUCCUCAGUGGUGCUUCUGUAGCAAAAGGGAUCAACAUCCAAGUCUUUCUGGAGGCUCAGAAGCAGCGCAUGGACAUUGACAGGCCAGAUCUAUACGGGCGUUUUCAACAACUAGAAGUGCUUGAUCGUGUGGCGAGCGCCUUCUCGUCACUGCUGACUGAUGUGAACACCCAACAGGGCCAAGUGCAGGAUGCCAGUGGAGAUGAGACUGGCCUGCUGGAUACUGAGAAGAGCAGACCUGUGGUUACACGAGCAAAGAGGAGAAUAGGUCAGCUCCUGAAAGGGGCUUCUAGGCAGACAGCACUGCUGAAACAGAGCUCACUGGCAUCUGGCGAAGCCAACUCAUCCAGCUGGAAAGGACAACUUCACUCUUGUGCUGAUAUUACUGAGAGUGGAACAAUCCAAAUGGGCUUUACCAGAAGUGUUAUGGUGGGUUGUCUGAUCCUUGAGCAAAUCCUCAGAGACAAAGGUGCAUUCACAAUAUUCCAGUGCCCACAGUCUCCAGCAGAGAAAACUUGGGCUUCAUCACACUUACUUCCAAAACAGCCCCACCUUUCUUCCAAGUGUGAGGUGCUUGCCAAAGACAGGCCAAGAAAGGAGUUGCAUUGGCUUUUGGCCCCCACACUCAAAAAAGUGGCCAGCCAAAACUACAAGCUGCCAGCCUCAUUUGAAUUGGAAGAGAUUCAGAGCUUUGAGGAAGAAACUCUGUGUAGAAAUGCUCCUGACAACACAUCAGCAGAGGUGAUGGUGACAAGAACAAACAGCUGCCAGUCAGACAGCAGUGGGUUUAUGGAGGAGCUGCCAGAACCUUUAGUUUUGCAAAAUGCAUCUCUGUCAGGAAAGAUAAAUCUUAGCUCUGAUAUCCACAACCACCCAACAGCUCUCUCAUAUAGGACAGAGUUUCCUAUGAUAAAUCAGGAUUUUCAACAAAAGUCAGAAGAUUCUGUUGCUAAGGCCUUCAUGACAGAUUGCAAGAAGAUUUUGACAGUGUCUAGAACAAUGAGAGUGUGCAGUGACCAGGGAGAAGAGACUUGUCUUCUACUAACUGCAGAAGAUUGCCAGCAUCAGGCCUGUAACGCUGGGCCACAAAGUUUUGUCCAAGAAAUGUUAGGUGACAUGGACAAGAAAGAAGAGAAAACUGGAAGAAAGCAACCAGAAAAAGAGGAGUGCAUAAAAGAGCAUACUCCUUGUUUUCAGAGUGCUAACCAGGAUAAAGGAGAUCCUAUAUCCGCAAAAUUUGAUAUUCAAUUAUAUUUCAGUUCAGGACAUAAAAAUGCGAAUGCAACCGUCACUGAAUGGAGUGACACAAACCCUGAAACUGCUGGUGAGAGAAAAAUCAGAGUUGAAGAAGAAAGUGAGAGGUGCCUGACUGAAAAGGGUGUUGGAGUUGCACGCCAUGAAAAUGUCCCGGGAGGUCGUAGAGCAUAUGUAAGAGGAGGGUGGUGGAGAAUGGAAGUGGUUGGUAAAGAAGGUGUCCUUCUUGCAGUGAAUCAGGUGUCAAAGAGGCAGAAGUUCUGCAAAAUGGAUGAUGAUUCAAGAAAUACAAGUUGCUCUUUUGAAACAGGGCUCCCAGAAACUCUGUGGCAGGGCCCAGCAGUGCAUAGUGAACACAGUGCUAUUUCAAGCAGUUCUCCUCAAACCCCUCAGAGCCCUCUCUCCUGCCUAGCAGAAGGGUCUGGCUUAAGUUCUUUUAAAGAGAGAGAGACUUGCAGUAUAGGGGAGAUAUUAGGUGCUAAAAAAUCAGUAAAGGAAAGCAGUGUCCAAAACAGUGAGAAGAAUGCUAGUCCUCUGAAACCUGUUACCAUCCAGAUGUCUUCAAGGCUGAAUUUUACUUCAAAAAUGAAGUGUGCAGGGCAAAAUGCUCCUCUCAGUGAUAGCUCUGCUAGGGAUGAGCCUGUAGACUUCUCCGAGGCUUUAGCGCACUGCUGUGAGGGUAGUCAGCUCAGCCGGUGGGGCUGCCGAGCUUCAAAGGAUGGCCUAAAGCAGACCACCGAAGCCUCCAUUCAGACUGACAUCCCUGCUAGGAACAGCAGGCAUCUACCCUUGCUUCCUCCACCCCAUCACUACCUCCUGAAAUCAGCCUCUCUCGACACUGUGCUUUGUGGCAAAUACAGGUCACGAUACUGGGGUGAAGCAUCUGGCACCUGGGGUGCCCAGGGCUGUCACUGCUGCUGCUGCCACUGCUGCUGCCCAAGGACCUUCACUGUAGCCAUUUCUCCCCAGCACCCCAUGAGCUGCUGUUCAAACCAUGCCGCCACUGAGCUGCAGCUUUGGAAAAUGCUGCAGCUCCAACAGGAAACCGCAGUGAGAAAUCUCUCCUCGUGUACCAUCCAUGAAAGAGAAGUGAUGAAGAGCUCCUGCCAGCAGUUCCGGGAGAAGCUGGAUGAGAUUGAGCAGCACCUGACUGAACAGCAGACUCUAUUUUCUAGUGCUAUGCCAGAUGAAGGAAGAGAGGAAAGGAGACACCUGCAACUCUUAAGGAGAGCUAUUCGUCAGGAGGUUGCAGAGCUGGAAUUCCAGCUGAAUGAUCGAGCCUGCCAGGUCAGAGAGGGCAUUCUCACGCAGCUGGACCAAUUACUAGUAGAACAAUCCCAUCUGUUUUCAGAGCUCGGACUCUCUGAUUGGAAGGAAGGAAGAAAUGCCCAGAAUAAACAAGCGUUUCCAGAUGCUGCUGACACUCUGCAUCCUAGAAGUGGGCGCUCAGCAAUGUUACUCCAAAGAGCUCCUAGCAGAGCCACAACAGCAACAGACUCUUACCCUGCUUUACAGCCAGGAACACCCCUAAUGCAGUUUCCUACUAGGACAACACUUGAGCCCAAUUCAGCUGAGUCUGACCCACAGGAGCUCUCCACCAGUAAAAAGGAAAUAAAAGGGCCUCCCCAGCAAAAAAUGGACUUUAAGGUCUUUAUACACAAUGUAAGAGGCUGUUUUAUUCUCACUCCCAAGGUUUGAAGUGGAAGAGAUCACUGACCUGCAAUGCAAUUAUACUAUUAUGUAUCUCACUGCUACAGCCAAGAUCAGGAGCCUUUCCUGCUAGGCAAUGAACAAUGUUCAUCCUAAGGGAUAGAAACUGUGUACCAGGGAGCUUUCAAUCUGCAUAGAAAAAGCAGGCAGAGAUUGCGACUGGACCUGCUUUGAUAUAUCUCAGCAAGUUGGUGGCAAUGGUGCUCCAGGGAGAAAGGCAUAUAAAUACAUGGAUGGUAUCUGCAUGGCUUGCUUGAACUUUGAACACAACUAUUCGAGUAAUUGGUGUAUUCACCUUCUCUCACAAUGUGAAAUUAGUAAUUUAUGGCUUCAAUUUGCAAAGCCAAUUAGCUGAUUCUACAAGGGCAGUAAAGGCAAUGAAAUGGAAGGUUUGUUGUUUUUCUGAAGAAAUUUAAAGUCAGCUUUUCUGAUUGAUCUGAUCCAAAAAUGUAACCAUUAAAAAAAAAAAGCCUUCUGUUCUGUAUAUAAAAUUUGUCUGAAAGACCAUAUUUUAAUGGUCUCUUCCAUCUAAGACUGUGGCCCACCCUUUAAAUGACUGAUCAUUCUCUUAAGUGAACAGUUAGGGUUAAAUUCUGCAUGAACUUCAGGAAAACACCACUGGAGGAAACGCUCUUUAAUGUACUCUCAUUCCAUUUUCCUGAUUUAUGUUGGUAUUAGCAUUGAUACUACCAAGCAGAAUCAGGUUCCUUAGUGCACGUUUCAAAGAAUGAGAACAAUUUCUAGUUAGGAACAAGGAAUUAAAAUCUUUCAGUUCUUGUUUUGUGAUCUUCUGCACACUUUUUUUUUUUCCAAGACUAAUCUUGGUCAUUCUCUCAACAGAAAAAAUAAAUUAUACUUUUUUCCUCUUUCUUUUGCAGUUGAAGAAAUCAUUCUGAAAUUCUUUAGGUAAUGACUCAGCAGAAGGGAGAGACUGAUGGAAGACAGACUGAUGGAUUUUGUUUUUAGUAGCUGUGGCUUUUUCCUGCAAUACCCGGUAUAUUACAGAAACAAAUGAACAAAACAUUGCAUUCGAUAAUGUUCUGAUCACAACAAUAUCAUUUGCAGUGAGAUGACUGUCUGGAAAAGCAGGCAUUUUUAAAAGAUGUUCCAAAGAGAAGGACUAUGUAUUUUGCUAACGCGAGAUUACAAAAUUCCUCUUGGCCAUCACAAUGAUUCUACACAAAGUCAUUUAAAAGAAAAGGGGAGGGGGCUUAUUUUUGUGAAGAAACUUAUGAACUUGCACUCAGCCUAGGAAAUAUCUCUAGAAGGUAUUAACCUUACAGCCACUUAUUUUAACACAGAUCUUCAACCGAUGUUAAUUGUCAAGCCCAAACUGUCUUGUAUAGUUCUAGAUACUUCAGCUUUUAGCUGACUACUGACACCUAAUCUGCCUCUGACUAAUUUUAUGAUGCCUGUAUCUACUGUGAGUACCAAAUCAGAAGCUCACUGACAGUGUAUGAAAUGUUAAAACACACACCACGUUUAGUUAAACAGUAAACUAUGACUGUG